ACUAUAAUUGAUUUUAUUAUUCUGUAUUGUUUUGACAGUUCUGAGAAUAAAAUUAUGACAGAAACUUCAGGAUACAACAUAACAAAAGACCCAAAACUAAUAAAAAGCCGCGUUUUCUUAGGUAACAUUCCAAACUGUACACGCGAAGAGAUCGUAAGCAUUUGUCAGCCUUACGGAAAGGUUUUGGGAUCAAUGGUGCAGAAAAAUUAUGGAUUUGUACAAUUUGAAUCGGAGGAAAUAGCCAACAAAGCUGCAUCCGCAUUGCACAAGUCUAUAUUCAAGUCAAAACAAUUGACUGUAAGAAACGCCAGCCAAAAAGGAAAAGUGCCUAAUUGCAAUCCAAAUAAAAACUCGCCUCCAAAACCUCCGCCACAUGUAGCCGUUCAAGGGGGACUCGCCAUGUCGGCGGUGGAAGCUGAAGAUGCCCUUAUUAACGACUGCGAGAUUAUAGUGGUUAACAGGGAUAACACCGAAUAUGCAGAGAACAUUGAAGACCGUCUCAGGGGUUGUGGGAUGCGAGUGGAUGUGCUGUUCCCCAACGAGGACGUAAUGCUAGGCAAAGUGUUGGCCAAUAUCUCGUCACGAGGCUGCUUGUACGCUGUAGUCGUCACACCUCAACAUGAAGCCCUUAACAGCAUUACUGUUAAUAUACUUUAUGGGGUUCCUGCAGAGCACCGCAAUAUGCCGCUAGAAGAUGCCAUCACCCUGAUAGCCACUGACUUCAGGCUAAAGAAGCAGCGGGAUGCGGUGGUCACUCCGGCACAAUUCGUUCAAAGAGGACAUCGCCACCCAGAGAAAAUUCAGCAACUGUUAAACCGAUUAGCGGACAACCAUUUGUUGACUGCUUUGCAGUACGAGUGUGUCAUUAAAUACCUAGAAGACGAAAGGGAGGAGCAACUGAAGAAAGAGGUGGGUGAGGCAAAUGCCGUGUCAAAACUGAACGCUCCUGACCCGGAAAUCGUUCAGCAAAAAAAGAUCCUUAACAUAAUGAACAAACCAGAUGUUACCGACAUCAAAAGUAAUCUAUUGUAUUCUACUCUUGAUGCGGUUAAAGAGGACCACCGCCUGAUAGAGCUACUGUCGGAUCAACGUGUCAUGGCUGCAUUGGAGAGUAUUUACAACUCUGAUGUGUUGGAGGCUGUGUCAGAGUUUUUUUAAAAAAUUUUUAAAUUUGAAUCAAAUAAACUUCGCUCGUGUUUCAA